UUCUACCUUUCUGACCUUAUCCUUCUUCCUUCCUUUCUCUCUCUGCUCCUCCUCAGUCUUCUCCCUUGUCUUAUUUUUCUUUCUAGUUCUCUCUCCAGCUCUCCACCACUAUUUUCUUUCUCCAUUUCUCUGCUCCGCUGCCCAUUCCUCUCUUUCUUUUUGCAUCCUGCUGUGCUGCUCGCCAUCCAUCCUUCCCUCCCUUCCUCCCUCUUUCUCUGUCAUUAUACGUGGGUCCCUCGUUGUCUCUCCAGGACCCAUCUGUCCUGCUCCCCAUCCCUAAUUUUCCUUUUCCAUUUCUCUGUCCUGCUUUCGGUCCCUCUUCUUCCUCUGGCUCCAUCUCCCUGUCAUUCUCCCCAUUGCUCUUACUUGUUCUCUAUCCCAGUGUCCUGCUCCCCAUCCCUCUUUUUUUUUUUUUUUUCUCUGUAUCCCAUUUUCUUGCUCCCUGUCCCUCACUUGUCUUCUGUAUCCCUCUCUCCUUCCCCCUGUCCUUCCUUCCCCCUGCCCCCCUCUCUGGCCUGCUGCUUGCCACUGUUUUUUUCCUUCUCUUGCUGUCUGUCUGGGUUCUGUCACUCUGUCUUAAUCUGUAUCCAUUGUUCCCCCCUGCCCCAUCCUUCCAGCCUGUGCUUUCCUGUCUCUAUCCCUCUGCCCGUAAUGCUUCUUUCUCCAUCUCUCAGUCCUGCUCCCUGGCCUUUUUUUUUUUUUUUUCCUCACCAUCCGUCCUGCUUCCUCUCCCUGGUUUUUCUGCCUUUAUGCCUCUGUCCUGCUGCCUGUCUCAUUGUUUCUAGUUAUAACACCCUGUCCAGCCAGCUGUCCCUUUUUUCCUUUCUGUCUUCCCUACUCUGGCCCUACUUUUUCUUCGUCUGUCUCUGUCCAGCAGCCCAUCACUGUUUUUUCCCCUCCUCCAUCUCUUGUCUUAAUCUACAUCUGGUUCCCCCCUCCCCACCACCCUCAGUCCCUCCGUCCUGUUCCUUAUCCAGCUUUUUGUCUUUCCAUGUCCCAUGCUCUAUCCCCAUCUUUUUUUCUCUCUCCCUCCUCCCUUUUCUCUACAUCCCUUUGUCCUGUUGCUCAUCAAUGUUUUUUCCUUCCAUUCCGCUGUCCUGUUCCCUCUCCCUCACUUCUCUGUCAAUCCCUCUGUCUUGUUGCCUAUCAUUAUUUUUGUUGUCUGCAUCCCACUGCCCUGCUUCCCAUUCAUCUCUUUUGGUUCUCUUCUCCUGUGCUGCUCCCCAGCAGUAUUUUGUCUUUCUCCAGCUCUCUGACCUGCUCCCCACCCGCCUCGUUUUCUCUCUGUCAUUCUUUCCGCUUCCCUGUACCUCUCUCUGCAAUCUCAUGUCCCACUCCUUGUCCCUCUCUGUGUAUAUAUUCCCCGCUGUCCUGGUCCCCGUCCCUCUCCUUGCCUAUCUCUCCCUGUCCCUGUUUGUUCUUUCUUUCCCUCUCUGUUCCCUUGUUUUAUUUUUCUCUUCCCAGCCCUCCAUCCUGCUCCCCAUCGCUGUAAUGAACACGGGCGGGGCUGGGGGCGGGGCCGGGACGCCUGGGCGGGGCCAGCAGAGCGGCAGCGGCUGCCCCAGGUUCCGUUCCGCUCCGGGCCGUGAGGGAGCGGGAGCCGCCUCGGGGCGGGGGAGGCGCGGCGGGUGGCGGAGGUGGAUGUCAGCUGCCACCAUUUCACCGUGGUUGCCCUUUCUUCUGCCGUGAAAGUACAAGACAGAUGGAAAGAUUCCGUAGUGGUCUGCAAGUACAAGGUUUUCCCAGGAAGCAUCAGCAGCCUUGUAACUAGUGACAGUGAGUCCUGAGGUGGUUUUGGUGAGUUACUGCUUCAAUAAUGUAUUUUUAUUGGAUGUAUAUAAACAUGGGCACACCCUUUUAGUGUAAAGUGAAUUAUUGAGAUUUAUUCUUUAUUUUUCAUUUUGCUUUUUGAAGUUUUCCACUUCACUUUCAGCUUUAUUCACCAAACGAGCAAGAUGCAAAGCAGCAGCAGCAGCGCAAGGGCUGUAGCUGUUGCGGUGGAUCUGUAAGCGUAGAUUCUGAUUGCGUACGACCUCGUCCCGCAGCCUCCCAGGGUUAUCUCCCUGCAGCCGUGCUGUAAGGAAGGGAGGAGACGUUUUCCAACACCGGCGAGAGUGUUUACUUGUAUGCUAAGAAGGUGUUCAAAAUGGUAUCGAUUAGCCUAAAUGCUGAUUUUAAGCGUUCAAAUCGCUCUUAACUUUUAAAGGAGCUGGUGUAUUUCGAGCUGACCUGUUUACCUGGAAUCCUCCUUUAGCUCAGCGACUCUUCUUGUGCACCCCCAGCCUCCGCUGGCAGGGCGGUAUGAGAAGCUGGAAGGUCCUUGACUUAGUAUAAACACUGCUUAGCAACAACUAAA